AUCAUUAGCUUCGAGGAGAGGAGAGGAGAGGAGAGGGAGAGAGAGAGAGCGAUGAAGAAGCUGGCGAGAAAAUGGAAGAAAUCGGGCGAUGGAGAUGGGGACGACGACCGACUCUCUCUUCCCACUCGCGACGAUUUCCAUCCCAUUGACACCCAAGAGCAAGAGGAGUUGGUUCGGUCGCUCGAAAAGAAUCAAGCUCAACAUUCUCGUUUAUGGAGGGGAGUGUUUGCAGCCAUUCUGUGUUGUUACUCUGGGUUUCUCAUCUACUCAAUCUAUCAACAGGCUUUGUCUCCUUGGGAACUGCGUUAUCAUGCUUACUUCAUGGAGGAGGUUGACUCAUGGAUCGUGAUAUCUGCAGAUUGGGCAGCUGUUGCAGCGUGUUCAAUAGCUAUUGCUGGGCUACUUAUUGAUUCAAAAUAUCACAGAAGAUGGCUUUGGUAUUCCUGCUUUGGUGGCCUUUCUGUGGCUGUAUUCUGGUUGUAUCACAUGUCGAGAUUGCCGAGGUUCAGGUGGGAUGUUGUCUGGCUACCCUUGGGGCCUCUAUGUGGAGCUGGAAUUUGCCUGUAUGUGGACCAUCUGCUUGACGAGUCAUCUGAAGAAGUAAAAAAGCUUCGAGGCUACAUGUAUGCUUAUAAAGCGAUGUAGAAGUCUUCCAACCUAUACAGAAAGGAACGAGGUAGAUAGGUGCGGUCUAAUAGUCACUGUGGUUUUGGGAAAUGACAUGUAAAUCUCAUGGUUCACGAAUGGUUAACGUGCAAUCGGUUUGUACAGAUAAGGAAACCUGUGUUCUCAUCUUCAAUUCUGCUGCUGCAGAUUGGCUAGUCAAGUAUUUUUCCUUUGGUGCAUGCGAAAAUGCAAAAGCUUCUUCUGCAAUAGGGAUACACGUUUGUUUGGUUGAUGUCCUGUUUCCCCAUCUUCCUCAGCUGGGAUCACUUUUGAUUGUAACAGUUAGCAUCACGACUUCUUGAACCUCUGUGUAUUUCUCGAAAAAUUCUGGGUGUCUACCAGUGCUUCCAGACAAGAUGAGCUGGCUGGCAAGCAGGGUUGCUCAAUGAUUGGGCUUAAGAAUAAGGUUGCACUUGGUUGCA